CCCAGAGGACACGCCAGCGCGCUCAGCUUGGUACACCCAUGAACCGUUGAAAUACAGACCCAAGUUCAAAUCAUGAUGAACCACGGCGCGGUGAAUGGUCAAGACCGUCGACAAAUUCCAGCAGCACCAUCGUUACUGCCGAGAGGACGAGUGCGAAGAGGACGACGACCAUUCAAGCAGCGAUCGGGUGGAGAGCUCGGGGGAACGAACGACACGUGUCAAGCGCCAGAUCCUUCAAACAGGCAGUGAAGCGGAGAUGGUGCCGCCGAUCGGCUGCAGCAGGAUGCAUCUGUCACGGCUGCCAUCGUUGUGCGUCUUCUUCGCUGCCAUAGCCGCCAUCGCCACCAUCGCCAACGGCAAAGUAGGCGUUGAGGAAGGUGAAGGUGAACACGUUGGUGGGGACCCUUUUUCCCGGGCAGACCCUGUCUGCGCAAGUCUGGGCGAUGUCCGCUUCUCUCCGCCGGUCUGGCCUCCGCAAUUUCACGCCCAGCUUUUCCAGAAUUUCUCGGGCAAGUUGUCGAUCGUGGACUUGUACUAUGAUUACACCAACGGGCGCAACUUGAACGUAAUUCAUCAUCAGCUAGCGACGUCGUUGUACGACCUAGAGUGGACAAAUGGCACGUCGUUCUACUUCGAUGUGGAGAAGGGGACGUGCAGAACCAUGCACUUCCCAGUGGGGGUACUGAGGCCCACGUGGCUGGAUGGGGCGACGUAUCGCGGGAAGGAGGUGGUGGAUGGGUUUGUGACGAAUGUCUGGACCAAGAUUGAUUUCAUCACGUACUACGCUGACGUGGCGACCGGUCGCCCCGUCCGAUGGACGUUCUUCAACGGCAUGGAUAUGCACGUGAUGAAGUACGAGCCAGGUGUCGUUCUUGCAGACCGGUUCUGGCAGGCACCCGACUUCUGCUUUGGAAGCAAGGGCGGCACGGCGGACGAAGAGGGGAGCGAGACCGAUAGCACCAUGGGGCAGGUCACGAGAUCGAGGGACGACAAGGAGAUGAAAUGAUAUUGGGAGCGCCGCGGGAAUCGUCGCUGGAUGACCGGUUAAUAGCGACGAAGCCGGUAAUCAAGCUACGGCCACAGC